AUGCAGAAUACGAUAGAUAUCGGCUGGUUUGAUAUCGGUGUCCGAGAGGAUUCCAGUUUAGCUGUCCUAGAUCACGGUCGCCUGCCAAAUGUGGUCAACCAGUUGCCUGACCCCCAAAACCAGUACCCAUCGUUAUGUGUCUUUCUGGGCAGGCAAACUAAAGAUCACGCCCUUCAGCGGUUGUAUAACCAGAACAAUAUCAAGAGACAUGUUUCGAAAUCAAUGAUCCAGCUUAGAUACGAUGUCGCCUCCUUCGAAAGUCGAGAGCCCGUUCUUUUGGCGGACGGUGACAUUAUGGAGGGGGAACGCUUCCAUCCCAAAUUGAAACUCGACGCUGGAAUGGGUCAACCCGUGUCGUGGGAUAACUAUUCUGCGGGCAGACUGCUGCAAGUACUGUGGUCACGGCUUGUUUUUCUGUUCGCGGAUAUAGUAUGUAUUUUCAUUGAUGACACUUCAAAUAUGAGAAUGGUCGAGGAGUUCCUGGUUAACUGCAUGGAACUGGGUUCGGCAUCUUCCCUACCUCGGACACUUUUGCCGAGAUUGGUUGUUAUAUAUAGGACUGGAGCCACAAAUAAGAAUCUUGAAAGAUCAUUCGACAGCGUGUUCUACGAGUAUCUUCAAAAAAAUAGGUACAAAGACUUGUCUGAACUGUUCUCCAAGGUUUCCUUCAUUGGUCUACACAAGGGCGGUUUAUCAGAAACGGCGAACUAUCUGCGGAUCAAAGCCUAUAUCACCGACGAAGUAACGGAAAUAUCUUUCCUUCGACAGGUACAUCAUGCUCGUCCAAAUGCUACUCACUUUCAAGCGCUGUUCCAAUCAGCGUUUCACCAUACUCUCGACAACCGGAAUGCUUUCGAUGUGGUGAAAGCCACGCGAAGGGAUCGCCCGGUAUGUCCGAGCACGGAAUCAAACCUCGUACACUAUCUUGAGAUCGCCGAUCGCGCGCGCUUAUCUUCGGAUAAGUUAGCUCCAUCUAUUGCAUCGGCCCUUUUCAUGGAUCAUUACGUACUAGGAAUGUUUGCAACAAAUCCCCGUGAUGUUUUCGGAUCCCUGUACCGCAAGAUCCUGAUUCAGGCGCAUAGAAAAGUUCAAGAAACUUGGUCGGGCUUAUGCCCAGAAGAACAGACAAAUCUAAUCGAGAGACAUUUCUCUGAACAGUUCGACCUUUUCUCCGGAGGUUUGAUAAACGUAGCAGACCUACGAAAACAGCAACUCGAAUCUCAGAGCGGUCGACUAAGUUGUUUACGGAGUAAUCUCAUCUGUCUGUUCUGCCUCCUGCAUAGCGCGCAACAUGUUUUAGACUGCGGUCAUACAUUUUGCGAUCGCUGUGCCCAGGUCUAUGGCGAACCGGUGGCGGGGUUAGAGUACCAAUUUACGGUCACAGGCUGUCUUUACUGCCUCUACCGAAAGCCUCUCAUCGUAGAUGUUCUUCCACCAACCAUAAGCCCUUCUAUCCUUGCACUCGAUGGGGGAGGGGUCAGAGGCGUUAUACCUUUGGAAUACCUUCUUCUUGUGCAGGAGCAUUUGCAGCCUUCGACCAUCCACAAUGUGGUGGACCUCGCUAUCGGCACAAGCUCAGGGGGGCUUAUUGCUCUGGGAUUGUUUGCAAUGUUGUGGGAUGUUGCAGAAUGCUCCGAACGAUUCAAUACACUGGCGAACCAAAUUUUCAGGCAGAGACGACGGUCGAUUUUGCCCCCGCUGCUUUUCCACGUCUCGGGCUACAAGUCGCUACUAGGUGAACUGGUUAAAUGGAUUCAGUGGCUUCUACACGAUAGUUGUUAUGACUCUCAGGUCUUCGAUGCCGCUCUGAAGAGCGCGUUUAGAGAAAAUCGCCGUCUUUUUGGUGCUACACGGGAACGUCUUCCGGGUCAUAGACGGUCCGGUCUGAAGGUGGGAGUAAUUGCAACGAGUAUUUCUAGGGACACAAGUGCAUUUGUCAUUGGGAAUUUCAACAUAUCCGAGGACUCGAAGGACAAAUAUAGCAAGUUAUACCAGCCGCUCCUUUAUUUUGAGGGUGUUGGUUCCUUUCAGGAUAGUGGAUUGAAACACAACUUUGCUGGGGAGGUCGCGAGCCAGGUUUCUAACCAAAUCUGGCCCCUGUUCAUGGGAUCCAUACGGAUGAUAUCGAUAGGAACCGGAAAAGCCCCUUCAAAUAAGCAGAUCCCUCAUUUUCGCCACGUCUUUCGUGACGGUUUUAUUCGCAGGGGUUUCAACGCAUAG